GCCGCACCCGCUGAUUUUCACCAGCAAUUUUGUCUACUGCUGCAUGAGAGACAGGUGCACUGUUGUGGAAUACAAUAAGGGCGGAGGGAGGUCUCCGUCCAUCCUGAUCCCGGGCUGUGAACGGAGACGCGGGCGGCGGGUUCCACUGCCCUACAGGUGCAACGUCUCCUCAGGUUACACCCGAGGCUUCCUUAGCGCCGGGCCCCGUCCCUUUCUGUCCUGCCUUAGUCUUUCUCGUCCAUAUUCAGGCCAGUUUAAUGUCCAAUCUACCCCUCCUUCGUGUGAGAUGAGCUGGAAGCGGCCAGGACAUCUUCACACUGAACACUUGCAGCCAAAUAGCAUUCAUUGCCCGGGACGGCAGCGGGCGCAGCGACACGGUACUGUGGGUGUUGGGUUUAAUUUAGUUGAGAGAUACAGCGCGCAAACAGGCCCUUCGGCCCACCAGGUCUUCGCCGACCAGUGAUCCACGGACAUUAACAGUAUCCUACACCAACUAGGGACAUUUCUUACAUUUACCAAGCCAAUUGUUUACAUUUCCCAAGCCUUUGAGUGUGUGAGGAAACCGAAAAUAUCGGAGAAACCCCACGCAGAUCACGGGGCGAACGUACAAACUCCGUACAGACAGCGCCCGUAGUCAGGAUCGAACCUGGUCUAUGGGGCUGCAUUCGCUGUAAGGCAGCAACUCUACCGCUGCACCACCGUGACGGUCACGUGACCUCGACGUCAUUCAGCAGCUCCACGUCUGAGAAAAACAUUGAACCAGGAAGUGGAGAUAAAAUGGCUUCGAAAGACAGGUUCGAGAGCUUAACCGAUGAGAUAAUUUGUCCCAUCUGCCUGGAUUUCUUCACCGAUCCGGUGAUACUGGAGUGUGGGCACAACUUCUGCCGCUCCUGUAUCACACAGAGUUGGGACAGGGAGGCGAGAAACUCCUGCCCGGAGUGUAGAGAGGAAUCUACAGACCGCACCCUCAGGGUGAAUCGGGCCUUGGCAAGACUGGCUGAGAAAGCUCGAACACUGAGCCUGAAUCUCAAAGAGAAGGAAAGUAAACUUCACUGCGAGAAACAUCAGGAAGAACUGAAGCUGUUAUGUGAAACUGACAAGAAGCUGAUCUGUGUGAUUUGUGCAGCUGGGCGGGAACACAAGUCUCACAGCUUCAUGCCGGUAGAUGAAGCAAUUGAAUUCUACAAGGAACAGGUGAAAUCUUCUUUCGAAUCUCUCACAGAAAAUAAAUCAGAGAUCGAGAAAAUGGAGCAGGAUCAGAAAGAGAGCAUUUCUGGAGUUCAGGAAGAGUCAUACAACCUUCAGUCACAGACCACAUCCCAGUUUGCUGAACUGCACCAGAUUCUCACUGAGAAAGAGCAGCGCGCACUCGGAGGUAUCCGGGAAGAUGAGGCGAAGAUUGUAAAAACAAUGGAGAAAAAUCUUCAAGAGAUACAAAAGAAUUUAAAUUCCAUUCAGGAGGAACUCUCAAAGUUACAGGAACAGAUAGACCACAAGGAUGGCGUGAUAUUUCUAAAGGAGGAAGCUGGUCACAAGAGGAGGCUUGGUGCUGAAACCAACCCAAUGUUGGUGGUAGAUGGUGCGAUGCCGAUUGAAAAGUUUGAACUCACAUUUUUCCACAACAUGGCAUUGAGAGACACAUCUGAUAUCAUCAAACGAGUCUCCGUCAUCCUGGAUGUGGAAACAGCGCAUCCAGAGCUCGAGGUGUCUGAGGAUCGGAAGAUGGUGAGACGGACCGAGACCCGGAGGAGUCUCCCCGACACCGGGAAGAGGUUUACAUACUGGGAGUGUGUGCUGGGAUCGGAGGGAUUCACAUCGGGGAGACAUUACUGGGAGGUGGAGGUGGCGGGGAGUGAGUGGUGGAGUCUGGGACUCGCCGCACAGUCUGUGAAUAGGAAAGGAGAGGACAACCUGACCCCGGAGACUGGAGUCUGGUGCAUCAGGCGGCGGGAUGACGAGUUUGAUGCUUUCACCUCCCCUCCAUCCCCUCUCCCCGCCCGUCCCAUCCCCGAGAGGGUGGGAGUUUAUCUCAGUUACAAGUCCGGGACGGUUUCAUUUUACGACGCGGACACCAAGUCCCAUCUCUACACCUUCACUGGGAAUAAAUUCACGGAGAAUCUUUAUCCUUUGAUCGGUAUUGCGGAUGAAAACCAGUGGCUGAGAAUCUGCUCCGGUUCCCCUCCGGGUGUGUAAAAGGGUCGGGUCCCGGGACUGGUGUCAGGAGCGGGGCUCAGGGGCUGUGGGGCAGAAACCCGGUGGACAACAGGUUGGGG